GCUCUAAUCUAUAUCCGUAAGCUUUGGCAUUUUGUUUGAUACGGCUCAAUUUAUUCCGUUAGGCAGUUGCUGGAUUUAGGUGAUAGGGAAACAUGUUUGUGUGUUUCUCAGUCUUCUGAUGUAUCUGGAGAAUAAUUUGUAUGAUCAAUUAUGUUUGUAUGGAAUAUUUUUCUAGAUGAACUGCAACAUUUUAUAUUUUAAAACUAAGGUGAUUAUAAAAUGCUUCUGAUGAUUCCUCCAUUUUUUUUCAUUUAUGGUAACCUCAAUUAUUCUAUAUUUAGAACUGAUGAUGCCUUUAAUUAGAGUGUAGCAGCAUCUGUAUCAGGAAUUUAGUAUUAUUUGAUUAUAUAUUAUAUUAUUUCAACUUGCAUGGCCCUUGCUAAACUAUGUGUGAUGAUAAACAGUGAGCGGGUUUCUAUGUUGUGAACUGAAAAAUAUUUUUUUAAUCCAAAAACGUUUUCCUCUAAAAUAAAACAAAGAAAUCGAAAAAUGUUAUAAAAUCUCAACUUGCUCAAUUUGCAUGGUGUCUGCAUGUAGCUUAAGAAUAUGCUUCUAUUCCCAAGUCCAUGGUAACUACGAGUUUUCUUGCUGCUUGAAACAAUGGAUACUUCAAAACCAAAUUCUUCUCAAGGAUAUGGUAAGCCUCCGUGGGUGUUCAAAGGAAGUGCCUUGUACCAGCUCCAUCUUGUUAAGGCAGAGACAGCUCGAGCAUUCAUUCCCAAAGACUUCAGAUUAGUGGAGGCGUUCGGGUAUACUCUCGGAGGAUUCUUUCUUGCUAAUUAUGAGGACAGUCCUGUUGGGAUAUUUGAUGAGCUUGUGGUAAUAGCAGGAAUUGUUUGGAACCCUCCUACCUCUUGUGCAUGGGCUGCAAGAGUGCUGGUAAACAGUGACCAAGCAUUUCUCCACGGACGAAAGGAUGUCGGACUCCCUAGUCGAGUUGCCAAUUUUACAAAGAGUGCCAGGGAAAUUCCCGGGACAAAAAGGAGUCGAUUUGGUGGGUUUUUGAACAAGAUUGGCAUGAGUGAUAGCAUGAAGAGUUGUUUGGAUGUACAAAUAAAAGAGAUGAACAAUCAUACAGCCAUGGACUUGUGCAGUAUCAACCUCACCACUGCUGCAACGGCACCAUCAUCUCAAAACGACGCUGGAAGAUGGAUGGGCCCAGCAAUCAAGAUGUCACUCCCAAGCUUUAGCGGCCGCACAGAGCACAAUCCUCACCUCCUCAAGUAUUCUUGCCAGAUUGAAUGCAGGGUGAGAGCAGUGUCACCAGCUAAAGUGUAUGGUCCAUUUGAGACGACGAGCGAGGACUCUGGAGGAGAUGAUAAGCGAAACCUCAGCAUCUCCGUGAUGCUGUCGAAGCCUAUUCUAGCCUUGGAGUUCAACUCUCUGCAAAUGAAGGUUGAAGCUCCCACAGUCGUUCCUCCGCAGAAGAAGAAGCACGGCUGAACGUGUCUGCCUUACUUGUCUAGUUUCCCACAUGUCCAUUUUUUAUUGGCAAGAUCAGUUCAUCUAUAAAUAUUGUUGGGAAAUAAAUGUCAUAUAAUUGCUUAUUUA